AGGUCAUCGAAUCGGACCAGUGGUCAUUUUUUGUUGUUAGUUGUUCCAGUAAAACACGAUUACUUCACAUCUGCUGAAAGGGGAGGAAAUAAUAAAGAAUGAAUGCCCCAUGAGGUUUUAAGAAAACUGAGACUACAAAGCGCUACAGGGAAGCGGUCGAUGAUGGUGCUGGGAUCGGCGGCACGGAAACAAGCCGGCAGGCACGACAGUGGAGGAGCGUGAGGGACUGCUCUCCUCUUGCUGUUGUUGUUUUUUCCCCCCUCUCUCUCUUCUUCUUCUGGUAUUCCUUCACUCCUCGCCAUUCAACUCUGGGCGUGUUGUGAAGGCACGUCGGGGAAAUUUUUUUUCUUCUUUCUCUUCCUCCUCUUCCGAGGCCCGACUUAAAACUCGGGAAGGCCUUGGAUUAUAGCAGCGGACGGCCGAGGAUUUGGAACACUAAUGGACUUAAAUAGUGGAUGCUUAAAAGGUAUUAACCUCCGGCUGUUCAAUGUGGUCACUACUGGUUUCUGUGGAUUUGAUAUUUUUUUUCGCUGGCAUUCCACGGCCCUCUUGUCGGGAGUGCUGAGUUUCAAGGUGUGUGGGCCUAAGAGGGAGAUAUAUCCGGAUAACGAGUCAGGACAGAGGCUACUGUGACCACCCCCGAACGAUUUUCUUGUUAGUCACCCACGGAAAGACCUGGUAGCCUCGAGGAGAUAAUGUCUGAUUAAAUAGAACCGUCCGCCCGGCCAGGCACGAGUGCGGGGAGUGCUAAAUAAGAUUUCCCGUGUUUUCCCCCGGACCCCUGUAAGAGCUCAGACCUCUUCAAGCUCGGAGAUGUGAUACGGGACUCUCCCAGGGACAUUCUACAUAAAUAAACAAGCUCACUGGAUGACUUGUGUUCCCGUUGGUUUCUUCUCCUCAAGCCACACUGGUCAGACGCCGUGGUUCCGGAUGUGGGGGUUCCUCAAAUGUUGACGUUUAAUACCAGUGGCUUCAGGCUUCAGUGCACGGCGUGAAAUAAUUAUGGAUUAAAAUUGCCAAGGUUUCACCGCUAAGGAUUGCAACCAUAUUGAUGUCACGUGCUUAACCCUAACCCGUGCCACUAAUGGAUUACAUAUAAUACACAUUAUUUUUUUUAAUCCCAAGUUGGAGCCAUCUUUUUCUAUUAAUAGGAACGUUUGGUUAUUGCAAGUUCAAGGAUAUGCUAUUUAUUUCAGCGGAUAAAUUCAGCCAAGCGGAUUUUGCAACUCUACAAGUUUGUUAUAAGUUACAGUGAAAAAUAUCCGUGUGUUCUCUGUACGAGCCGGUUAGGUUGUACACGGCGAACUAGGACAUCGCACGUUUCUCACGUGGGAGGAGUGAGUUAUUUUUAGCCUUGAGCAUUCGACACCAGGGCUCAAUUUUCGGUGUCGGCGAUAAAGUUCGCCCGCGAGGAAAUCCCCCUCAAUUGGUCAACAGCUGGACGCAUCUCAAUACAACGCAAGCACGGUAUUUGCCGAACGCAUACUUUAAAACACCGGCCGAAUAGCCGCACAAACACAGACUGCAAUCCAACUGGGCCCCGUUUCAUUUCGAUUUUUUUUUAUAUUUCAUUCUUGGAUCUAUUUCUUGCCGUAGAAACACAACUACUAAAAAGAAUACCGGUAUGUUAAAACCGUGUAUGGUGUCAUACCAGGAGUAAAACAGUAUAUGGUGUCAUACCAGGAGUACCACAUAGCCCGACUGCCUCUACCAAACACACAUUAUUUUUUAGCGGGCACCUUCAAGAAUCAGCCACUGCCAACAUGAAACGCAAUAGGCCCCAGUGAAGGAGCUCUGCUACAACGACCGCGGACAUGAGAGUCGCGGGGGGACCGCACACGGCCCGCCCGGCACUGUCACUAGUGCUUGGGUUUGUGUCCCUGGCGCUAGUGGUGACGGGGUCACUGUCCGUCACGGGCUCGGACAUGCGUUGCACCUACGGCGACACGCACACGUUCGCCAACUGCAGCAACCUCAUGCUAGAGCACGUGCCCUGGAGCCUGCACAAGAGCAUCCAGAGCCUCGACCUCAGUGGGAACCACUUCCCCACGCUGAAAAACAUCAGCUUCAUCAGCUACGGCUACAUCAGCUAUCUUUGCCUUCGCAACAACUCCAUCAAAACCGUGCAGGCGAACGCGUUCGAUAGCUUGGAUUACCUCAACAAUCUCGACCUCUCCAACAACCUGCUUCAGCACAUCCCGUCCUCGGCGCUCAACGUUGUCGCCAAGUCCUUGCUACAGCUCAUUCUGUCAGGGAACAGAAUCCAGGUGCUCACCAAAGACGUCUUCGCGAAACUCUCCAAGCUGCAGCUUUUGGAUCUCAACGGGAACAGCAUCUCUAGGAUAGAUUACGGGGCGAUGGCGGGUCUGGGGUCGCUGCAAAUGUUCAAGCUCCGGUACAACCAGCUGUCGAGCCUGCCGUCAGACGCCUUCAACGCCUCCAAACAGAGCCUGAAACAAGUCCACCUCUACGACAACCGAUGGACCUGCGAUUGCAACAUGAGGUGGCUGAGGCAGUGGAUGAACGAGACAUCCGAGGAGGUCUGGAUGGCCCCGGGGUACUACAUCAGGUGCGACAGCCCGUCCAUAGUAAAAGACAAAGAUCUCGCUUCCCUGCCCAUGGACGAGCUGGCCUGCGAAGUCAUGAUGAAGUCGAGCAGCGCAACUCAAGACUGGGCAAAGGGCGACAACGCCACCCUGAUGUGUAAAUACACGUCUGUGCCCGACGUGGAGGCGAAGUGGCUCAGAAACAAUGAUCUCAUCGACGUGUCCAAAGACGUACACAAGUACACCGUGGCGUCCUCAAACACGAGCAGCCGUGGCGAGAAAAUCCAAGUGAGUGAGCUCAAGAUAUUCAACUUUCAGUACGCCGACAUCGCCAGGUACGAGUGCUUCGUCCAAAACAUCCUCGGCGCAAAGAAGACCGAGUACAAGCUGACCCUCCAGGGAAUCGCGUUCGAUUCGGUGUCCCUGGUGCCGCCCAGCGCCACCACGGGCAACGCCGGGGUGGACACCAGGAGCAUAGUCAUCGCCGUGGCGGUCGUUUGCGGGAUCAUCCUCUUCAUUGUCAUCGGCAUCCUCAUCUUCUGCACGGUGAACCGCGUGCAGAGGAGAAAACAAGAAAAGCAGGAAAUCAUCCGCGCCAACAUCAAGCAGCACUUUAUUAACAGGUAUCUAUCCAACUAUCAACCUAGUUAAGUUUUACCUUGGAGAUAAUAAGGGGGAACAAAACGGUCAAAUAUUUAGACAUUCUCGCCCCACCCACAUGUUUCCCUUAAUGUCCCUACCAGAGGAAAUGAGGUUGUAUCACGGCACACUGCAGUUGUAGCCACUGACUUGUAUCAUGGCACACUGCAGUUGUAACCACUGACUUGUAUCAUGGCAAACUGCAGUUGUAACCAUUGAUUUGUAUCAUGGCACACUGCAGUUGUAACCAUUGACUUGUAUCAUGGUACACUGCAGUUGUAACCACUGACUUGUAUCACGGCACACUGCAGUUGUAACCACUGACUUGUAUCAUAGCACACUGCAGUUGUAACCAUUGAUUUGUAUCAUGGCAAACUGCAGUUGUAACCACUGACUUGUAUCACGGCACAUUGCAGUUGUAACCACUGACUUGUAUCACGGCACACUGCAGUUGUAACCACUGACUUGUAUCAUAGCACACUGCAGUUGUAACCAUUAAUUUGUAUCAUGGUACACUGCAGUUCUAACCAUUGAUUUGUAUCAUGGCACACUGCAGUUGUAACCAUUGAUUUGUAUCAUGGCACACUGCAGUUGUAACCAUUGACUUGUAUCAUGGCAUACUGCAGUUGUAACCAUUGACUUGUAUCAUAGCACACUGCAGUUGUAACCAUUAAUUUGUAUCAUGGUACACUGCAGUUCUAACCAUUGAUUUGUAUCAUGGCACACUGCAGUUGUAACCAUUGAUUUGUAUCAUGGCACACUGCAGUUGUAACCAUUGAUUUGUAUCAUGGCAUACUGCAGUUGUAACCAUUGACUUGUAUCACGGCACACUGCAGUUGUAACCACUGACUUGUAUCACGGCACACUGCAGUUGUAACCACUGACUUGUAUCACGGCACACUGCAGUUGUAGCCAUUGACUUGUAAUUGUAUCUUGGCACACUAUUCCACUUGGUCUAAGGGGAAAUUAAAUUUCUUUAACUUUAACCAAAAAAACCAUCUGAAGAAUCAAUUGCUUCAUUUGCAAUAGGCCUACAUAUUAAUUUAAACCAAAACAUACCAGAAUUUAACUUAAACUCGUGGGAAAAAUUGAUUGGCAGGGUCUAUUAUAUCUGACAAAUAAAAUACAUGCGACAUGUUUUUUCAUGCCUUGGCCUGAAACUCUCAGUAACCUUAAUUCUGUUUUCCUCCGCAGUGAAGUUAUGAGCAAUGGGGACAUAUCCGGUCUCAAUGACACCAAGCAGAGCAGCAAGUCGAUGGAAGACAAGCUGGACGGCAACAUCGACGAUGACCGAUCCACAUCCAACAACACCAACGAUUCCAACACCACCGCGGUGAAACGACCGCUCGACCUGGACGACACCACCGAGCCCAUGUUCAUCUUUCAGCAGCCCGGCUCCCCAUUCAACAACGGAAAUACCUACGUGUCCUUCGGCAGUGAGCUUACAGACCCCGGGGAUUUCCCAUCUCAGCCACCCCAGUAUCCCCAGGGCCCCGACCCGCGUUACGAAAGCUCGCACACCGGGUCAGCCACGCCACUGCUGGAACGUUACACUCCCUCCGUUUUCGACUCGGACGAACCGGUGGAGGACUAUGCUCAAUACCCAGUGUAUGACUCGCUGACCAACUCGUUGCAGCACCCGCAUUCUCAGGGGGACGGCAUCUAUGGGGGGUCUGCUAGGAUAGGAAGCGCCAGCAGCUAUGCCAGCACACCAAAUCGCCACGGCGACAAUAGUAAAAGACUGAGCAGCUUCCACUACCCGCCUAGUGUCAACGGUUCCAUGCCGAGAGCCAUCGGCAGCACCAGAUCGGUCAUGGCCUUGGCACCCAGGUAUUCAGACUUUAGCAGUGACAGUAGCCCGAGGCCAGACUUACACCGGCAGACCCCAAACCCAUUGGAUUACAGAGAGUACAGGGAUUACCGUGACAUGAGGUACCCCAUGACCACGCCCCCUCCCCACCGGAUGACCCAGGCGACCCCAAAGAGCAUGUCUGUGGGCAACCUCGGGUACACGCCCGUCGCCGCUGGCCCCAGGAAGCCCCCGCGGCUGUUCCAGUCCAGGGAGUACAUGGAGCUGACGCCUCACGAGUCCAACGUGGAGUACAUCACAUCCCCCGAAGCUCAACAGUACAGCCAAAGCUAUGGGAUUACCCCUGGCACCCCAGUGUGAUAUCAGAAACAAAUUAUACAUUAUUUAUGUACUGCGCCAUACCAAAGUCCAAAGCAAUGAUGAGGAUUUUUAAACAAACUCCUUAGGCGUCAUUAUGGUAUAUGUUUACAGUGACUCCAGUAACAAUGAGGAUACAUAACAAUUUGUUGAUGUUUCUAGGGGAUAUGGUUGAGGAUAUGAUCCCCCACUAUAGGGCAGUGGACGGAGUUACAGUGUUUUUGCUUGGACAAAACAAAUGAAUGCCGUGUUGAAGAAGGCUUUAAAAAUUGACAUAUUUGCUCCAUUUGUUUGCCCUUUGAGCAAGUUAAGCUUUCAAAAACAAAAGCUUGGGAAGUCCAUUUUGAUAGAUUUUAUUUUAGUCCAAAAAAAUUUUAUGGUGAACAUCUGCCAUGAAGGUCCACAAUUGUCUGGAUCCACUUAAUUCCAGGUUACAAAGAUGGAGACAUGUUUCUCCUCUUCUUUUUUUUUAAAAUUUAAACAAUCAUGUUUAUGUAAAUGACAAGUAGAGCGGUACUUGUAAAUAUAUUUUUCUAGCGGCUUUUACAUCUUGUUUUACUAGCCAAU